CCGAUAUGGAAGUUUGGUCUAUACGCGCUAACUAGCUGCUGUUUGGUACAUAUUUGCUUAUUAGUGUGUGAUAUAUGGCUAUUCCAGGACCCAAUAAGGACAGCAUCAGAGCUGGAUGCAAAAAAUGUGGCUACCCGGGCCAUUUAACCUUUGAGUGCCGAAACUUUGUCAGAGUCGACCCUCAGAAAGACAUUGUUCUGGAUGUGAGCAGCACCAGCUCUGAGGAGAGUGAGGUGGACAUAGCAGAGGCCCAGCGGAAUGAGAAAUCGGGACGCAGUGGCCAACGCUCACGAGGUUCCCAUGAUGAUGAUCGGAAGGACGGAUACAAACGGAGGAGAAGCAGAGACAGAAAAUCCAAGAAGAGAUCAUAUUCAUCUUCAAGCGAUGAAGAGGUUGUGAAGAGGACAAAGAAACACGAAAGGUAUUCCUCAUCGAGCGACGAAGAGGAUGGGAGUAUGAAGAAAAAGAAGCACAAAAGCCACAAGAAGAAAAGCAAAAAGAACAAGAGGGAACCUGGCAAACAUCACAAGAAGAAGCAUAAGAAAAGGAAAGAGGAGUCUUCCUCUGACAGCUCCAGUGCAUCAUCGGACAGUGAUUGAGACUGCUGAACUUUGGCCUAUAGAAUUAAGUGACAAAAGGUUUCUUGUGCUGGUGUUGAAAAAAAAAUGGACUAUCAUUCCAAUUAAAAUCUGAAUUUUCUGAUUUUCAUAGAAUUUGGGUUUUGCAGACAUUGUUAAAAUGAAAGUCAACACAUCACCACUUCAUUAUAAACCAAACAGACAAAAAUGAGUAGUGCGGACAGUUAAAACAAGGAUAGGAGUAAGAUUGAGGCCGGGCAAAUACCUUUUUUUUUUUUUUGAUGCAGAAUUGUUUGUUUUGUUUUUGUAAGCACAAGUGGCUAAAUCACAUCAGUUUCUCAGUAGUAAGAUCUCGUCGCUGUUCUCUUGGUCAUUUUGAAAUGGUUUUUGGAGACGAUUAAAAUCUGUAAAACUGAUGACAAGUCAAAUCCUUGUGCACAUACAUGACUGCAUGUUUUAUAUAGUAUUAAGCCAAUUGCCUAAUGGCAGAUUUUGUGAUAUUUACUCUUGUCAAAAUGGAUUUUUGUGUUAUAUUUCAUUCCCUGUGUUGCUUUAAACCCGCCCUCAGAGAUGGUGUACUGCAGAUGCUUAAAAGGAUCAGAUUUGUGUAGCAGUCUAUUCCGUUGCCUACCAACAUUGGGGUUGCUGGUUCGAAUCCCUGUGUUACCUCUGGCUUGGUUGGGCAUCCCUACAGACACAAUUGGCCAUGUCUGUGGGUGGGAAGCUGGAUGUGGGUAUGUGUCCUGGUCACUGCACUAGCGCCUCCUCUGGUCGGUCGGGGCGCUUGUCUGGGGGGGAGGGGGAACUAGGGAGAAUAGCGUGAUCCUCUCACGUGCUACGUCCCCCUGGUGAAACUGUCAGUUGAAAAGAAGCAGCUGGCGACUCCACAUGUACCGGAGGAGGCAUGUGGUAGUCUGAAGCCCUCCCCGGAUCAACAGAGGGGGUGGAGCAGCGACUGGGAGAGCUCGGAAGAGUGGGGUAAUUGGCCAAGUAUAAAUGGAGAGAAAAAAGGGGGAAAAUCCAAAAAAAGAAAGGGGAGGGGGGAGAUCAGAUUCAAAUGCAAAACCCAGCAUUGGCCUGCUUAAUUUGUCGGGUCAGUUUGUUGAUAAAAUCUCACUGAAAUUAAUUUGUUCACACCGCAAGCGGCCACCAAAUAUCCAUUCAUUUUAAACAGUCAGAGAAAAUGUCAGCCAAUGUCAACCACAAUUACAUCGUUUCUCUUUUGAUACCAAAAAUAUGUCUGAAUUUGUACAAUUAAAAGCAUUGCCCAGUCACAAACUCAUAAUGCUUCAUGUCCUGGCUAUCACAAAAGCGCCAUUGGUGCUAAAGCUGGUAAGGAUUUCCAGCUUUUUUCUUUCAACUUAUUUUUUUGUCCUAACAAACCUCAUUGUGAGUUUGUUUUUUUUGGGGGGGGGGGUUUCCAUCAGGAUUUAGCAUAACAUUAUAACUUACUAGAAAGCCACUUUAUUUUGUCAUUGUAUUCUUACAACGAAUUUGUUCUCUGCAUUUAACCCAUCCCAUGGUAUAGGAGCAGUGGGCAGCUGCAGCGCCCAGGGACCAACUCCAGUUCUUUCCAUUGCCUUGCUCAGGGGCACAGACAGGAGUAUUAACCCUGACAUGCAUGUCAGGGUUAAUACUCUGACAUGGGUUAAGGUUAAUACCCUAGCAUGUCUUCUUUUCUUUUUUUCUUUUUUUUUUGCUAUAGGUAAGGCAAAGUCUAUAGUGGUUGCAAUAAAACCUCUAAUCAAAAUAGUCAUUGUUAUCCCUUUGUCUUUGUCAAAGGAGAUAUAGUUAAGUGAAACUGUUCCAGUCCUUGCU